CUCAGGUGCCACCCACCUGGAUGAGUGAGAAUGCACACAUUCCCAAAUGCCCAGGACUUCGACCGGAUCGAAGGACACCGGCCGCCGCAUCUCACUUCCGAGAUGGAGUUUACCAUCAUGGUCUCCGCCCUCGAGCACGUCAUCUCCGGCCAUGGAGGAGACGGCGCCACCCAGCAUCAAACCGCGGCCUCCUCCAGCGGGGCAGCUCGCAGCGAAGAAGCGGUGUUAUCGGUCCCGGAAGCUGCCACGUGUGAGGAAUGCGGAAUGGAGGCCUGCCUGGGUUGCCAGAUGUUCUCGGCGCCGGCGAGAGGAGAGAGGAGGAAGUACAACAAGAACAAGAGGUUCAGGGGAGUGCGGCAGCGGACCUGGGGGAAGUGGACCUCGGAGAUAAGGGACCCGCAGCGAGCGGCGAGGGUGUGGCUGGGGACGUUCACGACGGAGGAGGCAGCGGCCAGGGCCUACGACAGGGCGGCAAUCAAGUUUCGCGGGGCCAGGGCAAAGGUCAACUUCCCAUUGUCGGACUACGAGGAGGCGGAGCACGUGGAAUUGGAAAGCACGCCAAACGAGAAGGCGGAAAUGAAUAAUACUACAGCUUAGUGCAGCGAAGAGCAGUAGCCGUAAUAAUACAGAAGGGGCUGAGAAUGAUUUUUGGUCGGGAGAGGAAAACGAGCUUUUUUGGCCGAGAGAGAAAGACGAGCUUCCGGAGUGGAAGGGGUGGGGCUUUUCUCACUAUCACCAUUAAUGACAAUUUCAAGUAAUUCAUGUAUGAAUUCUCUCUCUCUCUAAUAAACGAGAGAGAGAGAGAGAGAGAGAGAGAGAGAGAGAGAGAGAGAGAGAGAGAGAGAGUACUGCAAAAUAUUUGCGGCGUGGGGGGUAAUAGAGUAGUAGAGUAGCAAUAGCAGACGACCAGGUGAGAGAGUGAAAGGCAGAGCUAAUUGUUCACAUUUUUCAUUAUCGAGAGUCGAAUUAAUUAGUUAAUAAUAAUAUGGAUGAUUCUAUUGUA